AUGUUAGACCUACUUAGACAGCAAAUUCUUGCCAUUAGUCAGUCAGUGGACACCAUUGAAAUGCGCAACCGCAGGAAGCAUUUGCUGAUUAGUGGAAUGCCAGAGGUAGCAGAUGAAAAUGUAGUUGAGUCCGUUGCUGCUGUCUGCCAAAAUAAUCUUAGGCUACCAGAUGUAACCUGUGCCUCAAUAUCAAUGUGCCACAGACUUGGAAGCAGCACAGGCAGCCGCACCAGACCAGUCCUGGUCCGAUUUUGUGAUCUGGAGGUCAAGAAAGCUGUGUGGGCAAGGAAAACCGCACUCAAGGGUACUCGGAUAGUCAUUUCGGAGUUCUUGACAAAGCAGCGGCAUGCAGUCUUCACAGACGCCCGCACACAUUUUGGCAUGCAUCAGGUAUGGACCAGGGAUGGUAAUAUCUUCAUUAAGCUGCCCAGUGGGAAGAGGGAGCGUGUAACAACGGCUGAGCAACUCCAAGCGCUGUCUGAAAGACAUGUCCCGGUUUCUACUGGCGCGGCUUCUGCUCCUGCGCCCGCGACGCCAAGCGGAACUGAGUCUGCAUUAAGUUUAGCUGCUGCGCCUGCGCCGGCCCCCGCGCCUGCGCCGGCCCCCACGCCUGAGCCGGCCCCAACGUCUGCACCGGCCCCAGCGCCUGCACCUCCUACAGUCACCGUAAAGGCUCCCGGGGCAACCAGGAAGCCAGAGGACAAGCGAGCGACGAGGCGUUGA